AUGGCGUGCACGGUCACCUCCAUCAUGACCGAAUCCCACGAGGAACCCAUCAGAGCCACCACCUCCGGUCUCGCUGUCCGUCGAGAAGAGCUGCGCCGGCGCAGACACUCGUCCUACCACCGCCGGAACUGGUCCAUGGAGGACAAUGUACAGGUCUUGGUCGACCGAUUCCUGCUCGAGCUCGAGCGUCGCCUCGACUUUAUAGAAUCCUACGGCCAGCUCAGGCUGGACGUCGGAAUCGAGCGCGCCUACAACACCCUUCACGCCGUGCGCGACUCGUGCUCAAACGUGCGGGAUGACGUAAUUGACGCGGGCAAGCGCCGCGCCAGUGUCUUGGUCACCACCCUGGAGACGAUACACCAGGAUGCCUUGGCGCGGAAGGAGACCAUGGAGCAGAAGGUGCACGAGGGCAUCCGGUUGCUGGAACUGACGCUGGCCGACUUCGAGGCCCGCGCCUACGCCAUGAGGGACGCUGGUGUGAGGGCCGUAGCCCAUGACAUUUACGACGAAGGCCACCGAAGGAUGCACGACGCCAAGGUCAAGGCAAAGGAAGUGAUGGGCGAGGGUCUGGAGAAGGCAAGGCGGGCCAAGGACAGCAUGAAGACGAGCGUGGAGCAUGCCGUGGUACACGCAUUGGCAAGAGCAAAGGAACACGGCCUGAUCAAGUACGAGGAUCUCCCGGAGCCCUGGCGCGUAAACCCCCAUAUCCUGAAGGGUUACCGGUUCCACGAGGACAAGCUGGACUGCAUCCUGUCCGUCUUCAACAUUUCCAACGAAUCCUUCAACAUCUGGUCUCACGCCAUCGGCCUGGUCAUCGUCCUGUCCAUUGCCUUUUACUUCUAUCCCACCAGCGUCAACUUUUCCAUGUCGAGCAAGUCGGACAUUUUCAUUGCCGCCAUGUUCUUCUUCGCUGCCUGCAAGUGCCUGGUCUGCAGCACCAUGUGGCACACCAUGAGCAGCAUUUCCGAGCAGAAACUGAUGGAGCGCUUCGCCUGCGUCGACUACACUGGAAUCUCACUCCUCGUGGCCGCCUCCAUCAUGACGACCGAGUACACCGCCUUCUACUGCGAGCCCGUGUCCCGCUAUAUCUACAUGGGUACCACUUUCCUGCUCGGCGCCGGCGGCGUCAUCUUGCCGUGGCACCCGACCUUCAACCGCGCCGACAUGGCCUGGGCCCGCGUCUGCUUCUACGUCUCGCUCUCCUGCACCGGCCUCAUCCCUGUGUUCCAGCUCAUCUACGCCCGCGGCCUUUUCUGGGCAAUUUACUUUUACGCUCCCAUCGUCAAGUCCCUUGCUGUUUAUUUCACCGGAGCUGUGCUCUAUGCCGCCAAGAUCCCCGAGCGCUGGUGCCCUGGCAUGUUCGACUAUGUUGGUGGCAGCCACAACAUUUGGCAUGUGGCGGUGCUCGGCGGCAUCCUUUUCCAUUAUAUGGCCAUGCAGGAGUUUUUUGCGCAGGCCUUCCUGCGCGCACAAACACAACCGCAGUGCUCAGUGUAUUGA